AUGGCUGACCAGAAUGCCCCCAACAGCCACCUGCGGCUAGAGUGGGUCUAUGGCUACCGGGGUCACCAGUGCCGCAACAACCUCUACUACACGGCGGCUAAGGAGAUCGUCUACUUCGUGGCGGGGGUCGGCGUGGUCUACAGCCCCCGGGAGCACCGGCAGAAAUUCUACCUGGGGCACCAGGACGACAUAAUCAGCCUUGCUUUGCAUCCUGAACGAGUGUUGGUGGCAACAGGUCAAGUUGGAAAAGAACCAUAUAUCUGUGUUUGGGACUCAUACACUGUGCAGACUAUAUCGAUACUGAAAGAUGUUCACACACAUGGUAUAGCUUGCUUGGCAUUUGACUUAGAUGGGCAGCGUUUGGUCUCAGUGGGUCUGGAUUCAAAAAAUACAAUAUGCGUGUGGGACUGGAGAAAAGGAAAAAUGUUAUCGAUGGCUCCUGGUCAUACAGACAGGAUAUUUGAUAUUUCUUGGGAUUUGUACCAACCAAGCAAACUAGUCAGCUGUGGUGUAAAACAUAUUAAGUUCUGGAGCUUGUGUGGCAAUUCAUUGACACCAAAGCGUGGUGUUUUUGGCAAGACUGGUGAUCUCCAAACUAUACUUUGCCUAGCCUGUGCAAGAGAUGAAGUGACACAUUCUGGUGCACUUAAUGGAGAUAUAUAUGUAUGGAAAGGAAUUAAUCUCAUACGGACAAUACAAGGAGCACAUGCUGCAGGAAUUUUCAGCAUGAAUGCAUGUGAGGAGGGUUUUGCCACUGGUGGCAGGGAUGGCUGUGUUCGUCUAUGGGAUUUAAAUUUUAAACCAAUUACUGUGAUUGAUCUCAGGGAGACAGACCAGGGAUAUAAAGGUCUGUCUGUAAGAAGUGUUUGCUGGCGAGGAGACCAUAUUCUAGUUGGGACACAAGACAGUGAAAUUUUUGAGAUUGUUGUGCAUGAACGCAAUAAGCCUUUCCUGAUCAUGCAGGGGCACUGUGAAGGAGAGCUAUGGGCUCUGGCAGUCCAUCCUACAAAACCGUUGGCCAUGACUGGAAGUGAUGACCGAUCAGUCAGAAUUUGGAGCCUAAUAGACCAUGCAUUGAUUGCACGGUGCAAUAUGGAAGAACCAAUUCGCUGUGCAGCUGUUAGUACUGAUGGAAUCCAUCUUGCACUUGGAAUGAAGGAUGGCUCUUUCACUGUACUUCGAGUCAGGGAUAUGACAGAGGUUGUUCAUAUUAAAGACAGGAAAGAAGCCAUUCAUGAAUUAAAAUAUUCACCAGAUGGGACUUUCCUUGCGGUUGGCUCCAAUGACAGCUCUGUUGAUAUUUAUGGUGUUGUUCAGCGGUACAAAAAAGUUGGGGAAUGUGUUGGAUCUGUAAGUUUCAUCACUCAUAUGGACUGGUCUUCAGACAGUAAAUAUUUACAGACCAAUGAUGGCAGUGGGAAAAGACUUUUUUACAAGAUGCCAAGUGGAAAAGAAGUAACAAAUAAAGAAGAAUUAAAAGGCGUCCAAUGGGCUUCAUGGACAUGUGUUUAUGGCCUUGAAGUUAAUGGAAUCUGGCCCAAAUAUUCAGAUAUCAAUGAUAUCAAUUCUGUAGAUGGAAAUUUUAAUGGUCAAGUUUUGGUUACAGCUGAUGACUAUGGAAUAGUAAAACUAUUCCGGUAUCCUUGUUUAAGAAAAGGAGCAAAGUUUAAAAAAUAUCUUGGGCAUUCAGCUCAUGUGACAAAUGUCAGAUGGUCACAUGAUCAUCAGUGGGUUGUUUCUAUUGGUGGAGCUGAUCAUUCUGUCUUCCAGUGGAAAUUCAUUCCUGAACGGAAGCUGAAGGAUGCUAUUCACAUAGCACCCCAAGAAAGUCUGGUUGAUUCUAACAGUGAUGAAUCAGAUUCAGAUCAAUCUGAUGUUCCAGAGCUAGACUCUGAAAUUGAACAAGAGACUCAGAUCACAUACCGUCGACAGGUUUACAAAGAAGAUCUACCUCAGCUUAAAGAGCAAUGCAAAGAAAAACGAAAAAGUGCAGCUUCUAAAAGAAGAGAGAGAGCUCCAGGGAACAGUAUAAGAUUACACUUUGUCCAUGGUUACAGAGGUUAUGAUUGUCGGAGUAAUCUAUUUUACACUCAGACUGGUGAAAUUGUAUACCAUGUUGCAGCAGUGGGCGUCGUAUACAGUCGGCAGCAGAACACGCAGCGCUUUUAUCUGGGUCAUGAUGAUGACAUUCUUUGCCUUGCUAUUCAUCCCUUAAAGGACUACGUGGCAACAGGCCAGGUUGGUCGGGAUUCCUCAAUACACAUUUGGGAUACAGAGACAAUCAAACCACUGUCAGUAUUAAAGGGCUAUCACCAGUAUGGCGUUUGUGCUGUUGAUUUUUCAGCGGAUGGCAAACGCUUGGCUUCUGUUGGCAUAGAUGACAAUCAUACUAUUGUGCUCUGGGACUGGAAAAAAGGAGAGAAGCUUUCAGCAGUAAGAGGAAGCAAAGAUAAGAUUUUUGUUGUUAAAAUUAAUCCUUAUAUGCCUGAUAAACUGAUAACAGCUGGAAUUAAACACAUGAAAUUCUGGCGUAGAGCAGGGGGAGGACUGAUUGGGAGAAAGGGUUGCAUAGGUGCAAUGGGAAGAACUGAUACAAUGAUGUGUGCAGUAUACGGCUGGACUGAAGAGAUGGCAUUCUCUGGAACUUCCACUGGGGAUGUGUGUAUCUGGAGAGAUUUGUUUCUUAUAAAAACUGUCAAAGCACAUGAUGGUCCAGUAUUUAGCAUGCAUGCAUUAGAAAAAGGAUUUGUAACUGGUGGAAAGGAUGGGGUUGUGGCUCUCUGGGAUGACACCUUUGAACGCUGUCUCAAAACCUAUGCCAUCAAACGAGCUGCUUUGGCCCCUGGCUCUAAAGGUCUCCUCUUAGAAGACAACCCUUCUAUACGUGCCAUAUCGUUAGGACAUGGUCAUAUUUUAGUGGGCACAAAGAAUGGGGAAAUACUGGAGGUGGAUAAAAGUGGACCAAUAACUCUGCUGGUUCAGGGUCACAUGGAAGGGGAAGUUUGGGGUCUAGCCACCCAUCCUCAUUUACCUAUUUGUGCCACUGUAAGUGAUGACAAAACCUUAAGAAUAUGGGAUCUAUCUCCUAGCCAUUGUAUGUUAGCUGUUCGCAAAUUGAAAAAGGGGGGCAGAUGUUGCUGCUUUUCUCCUGAUGGAAAGGCAUUGGCUGUAGGUCUCAAUGAUGGAAGUUUCUUGAUGGUGAAUGCAGACACUCUGGAGGAUCUAGUCUCCUUCCACCACAGGAAGGAUGUUAUUUCAGAGAUUAGAUUUUCUCCUGGUGCUGGAAAAUACUUAGCAGUGGCAUCCUGUGACAGCUUUGUAGACAUCUACAAUGUAAUGAGCAGUAAGCGAGUAGGAAUCUGCAAGGGCGCCUCCAGUUACAUAACACACAUGGACUGGGACAUCAGAGGAAAGCUUUUACAAGUCAACACUGGUGCUAAAGAGCAGCUGUUCUUUGAAGCUCCUCGUGGGAAAAGACAGACAAUUCCAAGUUUGGAGGUUGAAAAGAUUGGCUGGGCAUCAUGGACAAGUGUUCUGGGCUCUUGCUGUGAAGGAAUCUGGCCAAUAAUUGGGGAAGUCACAGAUGUAACUGCUUCAUGCCUCACCAGUGAUAGUAAAGUCUUGGCCACAGGAGAUGAUUUUGGGUUUGUGAAACUUUUCCGAUUCCCUGCUAAAGGAAAGUUUGGAAAAUUUAAGAGGUAUGUGGCCCAUAGUACGCAUGUAACAAAUGUUCGUUGGACUCAUGAGGACAGUUUGUUGGUCACUGUCGGUGGGGCAGACACCUCUCUAAUGCUGUGGACCUAUGAGAUGGAGGGACAUCGAGAGAGCAGGCAGUGUGAUAGUGAAGAAUCUGAUCUAGAUUCUGAGGAAGAUGGAGGUUAUGACAGUGAUGUGACACGAGAAAAUGAAAUUAAUUACACCAUCAAAGCCUUAUCAACAAACAUCAGACCAAUGUUUGGAAUUAAGCCUCAUCUGCAACAAAAGGAGCCAUCACUAGAUGAAAGGCAAGGGGUAGUAAGAGGUUCCAGACCACCAGUUAGUAGGGCACUGCCACAGCCUGAAAAACUUCAGACAAAUAACGUUGGCAAAAAAAAGAGACCAAUAGAGGUCCAAUGUCACCCCACCCCACAAAUGUGUCUGAGCCACAGCUUUCUCCAGAGUCUAUCAGUUACAGAAACAGCACAUUCAGCCUAUGUGGUAUGGAGUCCCUCUUGGGAUCUAGUAUUGGAGCUGGUAUUUGGGUACCGAGGCAAGGACUGCAGGAACAAUGUUCACUAUCUGAAUGAUGGUGCUGAUAUAAUUUAUCAUACUGCAUCUGUUGGGAUUCUAUAUAACGUGGCAACAGGCUCUCAGUCUUUUUACCAGGAACAUAAUGAUGAUAUUCUGUGCCUCACUGUAAAUCAGCACCCCAAGUUUACCAACCUUGUGGCAACUGGCCAAGUAGGAGACUCAGCAGAUAUGUCAGCUACAGCUCCUUCUAUCCACGUGUGGGAUGCAAUGAACAAACAGACACUAUCUGUACUGCGAUGCUACCAUUCAAAGGGAGUUUGUUCAGUCAGUUUCAGUGCCACUGGCAAACUUCUCCUCUCUGUAGGGCUGGAUCCUGAACACACCAUUACCAUUUGGAAGUGGCAGGAAGGUGCCAAAAUUGCCAGCAGAACUGGUCAUAACCAACGUAUAUUUGUAGCAGAAUUCAGACCGGAUUCAGAUACCCAGUUUGUUUCAGUGGGAGUAAAACAUGUGAGGUUCUGGACCCUUGCUGGAAGAGCUCUUCUCAGUAAAAAAGGGCUACUGAGUUCAAUAGAAGAUGCCCGGAUGCAGACCAUGCUAUCUGUAGCUUUUGGAGCUAAUAACUUGACAUUUACAGGUACCAUCAGUGGAGAUGUUUGUGUUUGGAAAGAUCAUGUAUUGGUACGAAUUGUGGCCAAAGCUCACAAUGGGCCUGUGUUCACAAUGUACACUACACUAAGAGAUGGUCUAAUCGUAACAGGAGGCAAAGAAAGACCAUCAAAGGAAGGAGGGGCUGUUAAACUAUGGGAUCAGGAGCUGAAGCGAUGUCGUGCCUUCAGAUUGGAAACAGGACAGAUGACUGACUGUGUUCGUUCUGUGUGUAGAGGCAAAGGGAAAAUUCUUGUUGGGACAAGGAAUGCUGAAAUAAUUGAAGUUGGAGAGAAAAAUGCAGCAUGUAACAUUCUAAUUAAUGGUCAUAUGGAUGGACCUAUCUGGGGACUGGCUACACAUCCUUCAAGAGAUUUUUUCCUUUCUGCUGCAGAAGAUGGGACAGUGAGACUCUGGGACAUUGCUGAAAAGAAGAUGCUGAACAAAGUCAGUUUGGGACAUGCAGCUCGGACUGUUUCUUACAGCCCCGAGGGGGACAUGGUGGCUAUUGGCAUGAAAAAUGGAGAAUUUAUUAUCUUGCUGGUGACCUCUCUAAAAAUAUGGGGGAAAAAAAGGGACAGAAGAUCUGCUAUCCAAGACAUAAGGUUCAGUCCAGAUUCUCGUUACUUAGCAGUGGGUACUAGUGAGAAUGCAGUGGAUUUUUAUGACUUGACAUUGGGCCCCACGCUAAAUCGAGUUAGCUACUGCAAAGAUAUCCCAAGCUUUGUUAUCCAGAUGGACUUCUCUGCAGAUAGCCGUUUUCUCCAGGUCUCUACUGGGUCUUACAAAAGACAGGUCUAUGAAGUGCCUUCGGGAAAACAGCUUAUGGACCAGGCAGUGAUUGACAGAAUAACAUGGGCCACUUGGACCAGUAUUCUAGGGGAUGAAGUAGUUGGAAUCUGGUCCAGGCAUGCUGAGAAAGCUGAUGUGAACUGUGCCUGUGUCUCUCACUCUGGAAUCAGCCUUGUAACAGGCGAUGACUUUGGCAUGGUCAAGCUGUUUGACUUUCCAUGUCCUGAAAAAUUUGCAAAACACAAGCGAUUUUUAGGUCACUCGGCCCAUUUGACUAAUAUUCGAUUUACAAGUGGGGAUAAAUACGUUGUCAGCGCUGGAGGGGAUGACUGCAGCUUAUUUAUCUGGAAAUGUGUGCAUAUGCUUCAUUAA